AUGGACUCGAUCAUUGGGAAGACAAUUGCUAUUAUCUCGUAUGCGGAAAUCAGGUAUGUUGGGACCAUUGACAAUUUUGACGGUGAUAAAAAGAUAAUCACUGUUUCCAAUGUCCGGAUCUUUGGUACUGAAGACCGGGUGGUGGACUCCAGCAAGUGGGUUCUCCCUAGUGCGGACAUCUAUCCCAAGAUAGAGUUGAGCGGAGAUGCCGUCAAGACGUUGAACAUAUUGGAAGGGAAGCCAGAAGACGUGAAGCCUGUAUUACUGCCGGAAAUGGUGGCGUUUAUCCAGAUGCAGAGUAGCAUGGUCCCCAACAUGAACACGAUGCUCAUGGAUGCAUUAAAGCAGGAGCCGAAAGGGGAGGAUGUAGGUGAGACACACGCUGCGGUUAUGCAGGAGCCAAAGGAGCCCGUUGAAGCAGAGAUUGUUGAGGAGUCGAAGGAGACGCCUAAGGAGGCGCCACGUCCACCUCCAACAAACGAGACUGUUACUAGGGACGAUACGGAUUUUGACUUCACUGGCAACAACGCCAAGUUUGAGAAGGAGUCGUUCGAGAAACCCGUUGUUAAGCCAAUCUAUGAUAAAAAGUCUUCGUUUUUUGACGAUUUAGGUGAUGACCGAAGCAGAAAUGUCAAUUUCCGAAGCAACAACAACAGUAGUAAUAACAAUAACAACAGAGGCAAUAGAGGCAAUAGAGGAAAUAGAGGAAAUAGAGGACGUGGCAGAGGCGGCAGAGGUGGCAGAGGACGUGGCCGUGGAGGGUUCAAUAAGGAACCCCAACCGGAGUGGGCGUUUUAG